AUGCGCUAUGGUGCUGCUGCUGCUGCUGCUGCUGCUGCUGCUGCAGCUGCUGUUGCAGUUGCUGCUCCUGCUCCUGCUUCUGAUGCAGGUGCUGCUGCUGCUGCUGUUGCUGCAGAUGCUCCUGCUCCUGCUGCUGCACAUGCUCUUGCGGCUGCUGCUGCACCUGGUCCUGUUGCUGCAGCUGCUCCUGCGGAGGCUGAGACUGAGGCUGCGGCUGCUGCAGCUGAGACUGUGACUGAGACUGCAGCAGCUGCUGCUGACGCUGAGGCUGCGGCUGCUGCUGCUGCUGCUGCUGCUGCUGUGGCUGCUGCUGCUGUGGCUGCUGCUGCUGAGACUGAGGUUGCAGUUGCUCCUGCCGAGACUGAGACUGCGGCUGCUGCUGCUGAGGCUGAGACUGCGGCUGCGGCUGCUGCUGCUGCUGAGGCUCAGACUGAGGCUGCCGCUGCUGCUCCUCCUGCUGCAGCUGCCGCUGCUGCUGCUCCUGCAGCUGCCGCUGCUGCUCCUCCUGCUGCAGCUGCCGCUGCUGCUCCUCCUGCUGCAGCUGCCGCUGCUGCUCCUGCUGAAGCAGCUGCCGCUGCUGCUCCUCCUGCUGCAGCUGCCGCUGCUGCUCCUCCUGCUGCAGCUGCCGCUGCUGCUCCUCCUGCAGCUGCCGCUGCUGCUCCUCCUGCAGCUGCCGCUGCUGCUCCUCCUGCUGCAGCUGCCGCCGCUGCUCCUCCUGCUGCAGCUGCCGCUGUUGCUCCUGCUGCAGCUGCCGCUGCUGCUCCUCCUGCUGCAGCUGCCGCUGCUGCUCCUCCUGCUGCAGCAGCUGCUGCUGCUGCGGCGGCUCCUGCCCUCGGGGCAAGUCUUGCUGCGUUUCCGCAACGCAGGCAAGAAGAGAGCCUUGUAGUCCUGCUGCAUCUGCAGAGGGGGCAGCAUCAGCGCCGCUGCUGCUGCUGCUGCUGCUGCUGCUGCUGUCUGUGUUGGCAGCCGCCGCAAGGUCCACAGGCUGACUCAUUUCCAGAAGGCGCUGGGCGCCCCCAGCCCUUCUGCUGUUGCUGCUGCUGCUGCAGCUUUGUUGGGCAACGAGGCGUCAAAGACACUGUCGCUGCUGCUGCUGUCGCUGCUGCUGCUGCUUUUGCUGCUGCUCAGGACAAGGUGAGACCGGGAGCAUAG